AGAGGGGUUGAAUGACGGGCCUUGCGCGCGCCCCCUCCCCACGCAGAGAAGUGGACUCGGCGAACUGGCGGGAAAUCAGCGCCGGCUUGUGUAAUUCCUCCUCAGAACCUCGCCCCCUCCCCAACCAUCACAGCAGGAGGGGCGUGGCCCCUCCGAGACCCCGCCUCUUGCGUCACGCGCCGGCCGUCGUGCCGCCCGAGGAGGAGUGGGGGCCGCUCGGAGCGUGCAGGAUGGUGGCGGCGGCGGCGGCCGAGGCUGAGCCAGGCGGCGGGUAGAAAAUGGCGGAUUUCGAGGAGCUGAGGGUGAGGAGAAGCCGAUGGCGGCGGCGGUGAGGGCGAGGUUGGCGGCGCGCUCCCCGCGGCCUUUCUCUCAAGGCCGACACUUCCCGGCCCUUAGGCCGCCCUCCCGGCCGGCAAGCAUCCUCCCUCCGUCCCCCGGGACCGCCUCUCUCCCUCCCCUUCCCCACGCGGGAGGAGGUGGCCCUUGGCCCGCGCCGGCCUCCCUUGCCUCGUGUCAUUUCCACGCCGCCGCGAUAGCAGCGUCCCCGUUAACCGGUCUGUGAGGAGGCGCCUCCCGUCGCCUCAGCGGGCAGUUAACGGCUCGCAAGUCGCGGCGUGGAAGGGCAGGUGCCGAAGGGCCAGGAGAGCGGGGUCCCGCCGGGCUGAGGAAAGCGUGAGUGAAGGGGUUUGCGGGAGGCUCGCGCCUUUUUCUUCCUUGGAAUCCGGCUUCACUCCCGUUUCUUCCCCUCCCCCAGUUUUUGUAGCCUACAUAGCUUUCCCUCCCCCUCCCCUCCUAAAAUAAGUCGUUUUUUUAACGAUCUGCCUCGGUUUUUGUUUCCCCCGUUUUAUUUCAAAGCGCCCCCCCCCUCUCUAAUCCUCCCUCUCCUGCUUAAGCCUCUUUGUCUCCUCUGCGAACGACCCCGACUCCAGAGAGCAUCCUGCGAGGAGCGGGAUUCGCAUGCUUCGCUCGCAGACGACCCCCAUCUCUGGGCACAACAAAGCGCGCCUUUGGGUCUCGAAGCCACUCGUGGUUUCCCCCUGAUCGCUCAUGUGGUUUCAUGUUUCUCUCUUCCACCCUUCCCUUCGGCAUCUCUUUCUCUCUCUGACACUUUCCAAGGUUUGGUUGGCGCCCGAUCGCCGAAAUCACGGCCCGCUUCCAUCUUUGCAUCUAUCUCUCCUCCUCCCCAGUUCCUUUGAAUGUAGCUCUUCUCCCGCUGCAUUUAUUUAUUUUUUCUUCAUGUGACAGGGUUUGCAGUGCCUCUUUCUGCACCCUCUCAGAUCUGCUUGUUCUUAUCCUUGAAUUUUGUCCUUGCAAAGCUGUUUUUCUUCCUCACCUUGAUAUUUCAUGUAGGUACAGUAGAUCCUUUUUUUAAUCCCACAUUUCAGGGACAGACUAUUAUAUGAACAUCCCUCUUUAAUUCUCUACUGUACUGCCUUUUUUUCUUUCUUUCCUAAAUGUCCAUUCGCCCCUUCAAUUCCUUCUAGGUUUGGCAACCACUUGAGCCAAGCUCAAGAUCUGUUGCAAGCACUCUAAACCACUGCACUUUCUGCUUUUUCUUUUUCUGUGCCAUCCUCCCAUUCAUCCAUUUCCCACCCUUUCCAAAUAUUUCUUGCCUGCUUUUGUUUUCCUAGAAAAAUUGGCUCUGCAUACAGCACCAGAUCCCAUGUUAGGUCUUCAGCUACUAAGCUCUUAUAUUUAUUAGUGUAAAAGCAUCAUUACUUCAUAAGGACUUACAUCUAGGUAAAAAAAUAUAGCGCUGGGCUGAUGUGUUUGUUUAUAUUUUGGGGACCCAUGACCACAAUAUAUUUUUCUCAACAAGUAAGAAAGCCUUCUUAAGUAAUUUGCUGUUAUUUAUAUUAUUCAUUUUAGGGACGUGGGUGGCGCUGUGAGUUAAACCACAGAGCCUAGGACUCGCUGAUCAGAAGGUCGGUGGUUCAAAUCCCCGUGACGGGGUGAGCUCCUGUUGCUCGGUCCCUGCUCCUGCCAACCUAGCAGUUCGAAAGCACAUCAAAGUGCAAGUAGAUAAAUAGGUACUGCUCCGGUGGGAAGGUAAACGGCGUUUCCGUGCACUGCUCUGGUUCGCCAGAAGCGGCUUAGUCAGGCUGGCCACAUGACCCGGAAACUGUACACCGGCUCCCUUGACCAAUAAAGCGAGAUGAGUGCCACAACCCCAGAGUUGGCCACGGCUGGACCUAAUGGUCAGGGGUCUCUUUACCUUUUAUAUUAUUCAUUUAUUUUAUAAAAAAAAUUAAUAGGUUCCCAUAAAACAUCCAGAAACUAUUUAACAAUAAAAAUAUACAUAUACGUAUGGGAGAAAAAAAUAUUCAAGAGUUUUAUUGGAAGUGUAAAUUACUCAAUAGGCAAUGAAAAGACAGCAAAGAAGGUAGAUAAUGGGAGGGAGUUCUAAAUGGUAUGUGCCACCAUACUAAAUGUUCUAUUCUGACACUGUAUAGAAUGGGCCUCCUGAUGGGAUGGUAUCUUGAAGAGUCCCUCUCCUACAGAGCAAAUUACUGGUUGGGUAUAUAAGAGGUGAGGUGAUCUUUUAAGUAUGUUGAUCACAAAGUGUAUAGGACUUGUACACCAGCCUGGUAGCUAACUAUCAGCCAGUGCUUUCAGCAAUGACAUAAAAUGAUGGUAAUAUUCUGCCCCAGGGAGCAGUUGAGCAUCCUUGGGGCCAGUCCACAUAGGGUACACUGCAGCAGUCCAGUCUCGAGCUUACCAGCACAUGGAUGGCAACGAUCAGGCUGUCCUGGUCCAGAAGCAGCCAUAGCUGUCUUCGUCACCUGAAGCUGGUAGAAGGCAGCUCUAGCAACUCAGGUUACCUGGUCUGCUAGCAACAGAGAUGGAUCCAGGAGUACCCUCCAGACUUUGACCCGGCUCCUUGAGAAGUAUUAUGACGUUGUCCAAAACAGGCAAUUGGUUACCUAUAAUUUAGGAGUUUGAGGGACAAAAUAACACACAUGGAUUGUGGCAAGAUCCUAAGUUAAACCUCAUUAAAAUGUAUUUUGGAUCUUAUACCACAUAUGACUGAAUAAAUUUUAUCUGGAUUUGUUUCUUGAGCUGGAGUAGACUGAAUUACUUAUUUUGGCAUACGUAUUUUUUUUUAAAGUGUUGAAUAAAAAAUACCUAGUUUGCACUAAGUGUGUGUGUGUGUGUGUGUGUGUGUGUGUGUAUAUAUAUAUAUAUAUAUAUAUAUAUAUAUAUAUAUAUAUAUAUAUGGGGUAUGGGGGGGGGGGGAAAGAAGCAUAAAGGUGAUUUGAAAGACUUGUUUUCUUGCAUCAGAUAGUUUCCCUGCCCUUGAUAAUUUUGUUGUCUGUCUUUAAAGUUUGCUAAGAUAUACCUGAUGAAACGUUAGUAUUUGAGGUAUAGUUUUUGGAAAGUCUAAGAUUAGGCUAAUCUAAAAAAUUUAAGAAAGACUGUAAAGGCUAUAGAUACAAUACAAUUCUGCCUAUAUAUGCCAUUGCUUUUAUUUGUUGUCUGAAAAUUCUAUCAAGUGAUUUCUUCCCCUUCUGAAAUACGUAUCCCACAGAGUUUUAAAUGUGCAAAACAUUUCAUUGAUUCACAUUUAUUCAGUUGAUUGUGUCAACUAUGUCAACACCAGUUUAUUUUAACAGCAGAAGUUCUUAGAAGCAUGGAAGGAGGUGAUAUAUUCUGCACUUCAUUGCUUGUGUUUGCCUCUUCAUAGUUACUGAUUAGCACUCCACUUCAUAGUAUUUUAUUGAAGUACCACCCUUCCUGUGAUAUUCUCUCUCUCUCUCUCUCUGUGUGUGUGUGUGUAUGUAUAUAUAAUAUAAAACAUGUUUAAUUGUUAUAAAUGAUUCAUUUUUUGUGUUUAGCUUGUUUCUAUUUAGCUGUAAGCUGCCUUGAGUUCCUAUCAGGGAAGAAGGUGGGAUGUACUAACAACAGUUCCUUACAUUGGGGAAAUACCUUGCCUCCUCCUCUGUAAAUUAAGCUGAUUUUUUACCUAUUCAGCAGUAACUGACCAUAUAAAUACCUCACUUAUUUUUGGCUGGUGGAGGUCAGAAGAAAGCUGGGCUGCAGAGUGAUGUUCUCAAAUUGCGGACGUUUUCAGAUUCACGCUCUUGUAUAUUGAAGCAAAUUAUGUAUUCUGUGCGCACUUUGUACAUGUUUUAAGACAAAAGAUAACAUCUCUUGCAGAAUAGUCAGCAUAUUUGUACUGAUGCACCUGCAGGUUACAGCUGCUAAUAACAGUGUUGCUGGGAACGAGUGUCAAAUUUUUUUUUGGUGCAUAAGGGGAGAAUAAAAAUUCCUGUUGGAGAUAAGUGGUUAAUGUUUGCUAUCCAAAACUGUGCAUCUGUACAAACAUGUCUCUGAAAACAGUCUUGUGCUUAUCUGAGCAUUCCUUGUAUCCCACAGGAACUUGCAUUAGUGACAUUGUACUGUGUGCGUAAUGCUGAAUUAUCUUCACUUCAAGGACUUGAUUCUGAGCUCUGUAUUUCUUUUUAAUCUUAAGGGCUUUAAUCUUUGUGCAGUAGUGCCUUAGUUUACAAACAGUCUGGUUUGCAUAUGUUUUGGAUUACAAACACGUCAAACCUGGAAGUGCGUGUCCCAGUUUGCAAACUUUUUUUAGAUUACAACCCCCCCCCCCUUUUGGGGGGAUUACGAAAAAAGUUGACAGUGAAGAGGAAGGUUGAUAGUGACCUACAUGUUUCCUCUUGCACCAUAGUUUUGUAUAGUAUUGAUCAGUGUUAGAAAUGAGCUAGAAGUCCAGCAUGUUUUGCAACUGGUGCAGAUCCAAUUGCGACCACGUGGAGAUUUCUAGAUGCUAGGUUGGCAACUGACAUCUCCAUCUGGCUGGUCUCUAGCUUUCUAAAGCAGGUAAGCAGAAGAGCUUAUUUAUUGCGUUUCUCUCCCAGCUUUUUCUCCAAGGAAUAUAUAGUUCACUCCCCUCCUCCGUUAAUCCCUACAACAACCCUGUGAGGUAGGUUAAGAGGUUGUGGCUGGGCCAAGGUCAUCCAGUGAGCUUCAGGACUUAGUGGGGAUUUGAACCCUGAUCUCCCACAUCCUAGUCUGACACUCAACUACUACACUACCCAGGCUACCCAGAGUGCUUUUGCUGUGGAGCAGCUCUAUAUAAAUUAAGUGAGUAAAUAAAUAAAUAAAUAUGGGGAAAGCAAAAUGUCGCUUAGAGAAGGAUCUGAAAUAUUUUCCUUGAAGCAGUUUAAUGUGUUGUAAACUGCUUUGAGAUUUUUUCUGUAAAUUAUAAAGUGGUAUAGAAAUCAUAUUAAUAAUAACAAAACACACAGGGAGGGAUGGUGUCUGGAAUUCUGUUGUGUUGACUUCAGCCUAGGUUUAAGGUGCAAUUCGGUUAUAUGUAUCUGAAUUUCUAACACUAGUUUUGAUGAUGUGGGCAUACUCACAGCCUUCCAUACGCGUAACUUUUGUUUGGACUUAAUAUUUACCUCUUGCAUGCUAGUGUCUUUCUGUAAUGCCUACUUCAGGUUUAUUUUUAGUAAUGCUUCAUUUUAUUUUUCUACUAAGUGUUCUGCAACUGUAAGAAAUAUAAUAUGGCAUGUAUAUAACAUGUAUAUGAUAAGUGUAGCAUAGCAUGUAAAAUUUCCAAAUCUUUCUUAAAAGGCAUUUCUUUCUUACUCUUCAACUAAAAUUGUUCCCUGGGAAUCUCAUGCAAGAGCUUUACUGUACUAAACAAGGCAGUCCCUUCCUGCAGGUUUACAACCUUAAAGGCACAGCAGAAAAGGGGAUUGGAUUGGAAGCAAAAAGCAAAGCAACUGACUGUGGGGACCAACUCUUAAAGGGUCAAAGAUUUUUUGAAUGACCAUCUUGAAACUGUUCAGGAACAGGAAGACCCAAAAAGCCACCCAUUUGCUUGAGCCCUACAUGUUACACAGGUCUCUGUUAUCUUGUCACUCUCCAAAAUCAACAGGUGAUACACAACGUUUCUGCUGCCCUUGCAUUCUCUGCUUCCAUCAGUGUCCCUAAAUUGACUUGUGUUCUCAUGACCACAUCCUGGUUUAAGCUAUGGGUUAAGUCUUGCUUUUCUAUCUAUUUAGAUACUAUUAAGUAUAGUCCUGUGGUUUGCACACCUGGAAGCUGUGGUUAACUUCAUCUUCCUAGUCUGAAGGGGACUGCGUAGAACUUUUGUGCAUCCUUGUUUAUUAAGCCGCAAUUGGAUCAUGAGGAGUUCUGGGUUGACCAUUUGUUGUCAGGAUUCCAUGUAGCAGAGAAUGACUCUAUAGCCAGCAGAAGAAUACAGUUUUUCCUACUUGUCUUACGCUCUGUUUGCAGGAAUUGAACAAAAGUCUUUGCAGGGAUAGCAAGUGACAACUGCACCAAACAUAUUUGGAUAGUCUGCUGUGUACGUCUCCUGUAUUAAGUUGGAAUAUGUUUAGAAGAAGAAAAUAUUCUUCUCUGAAUUUAAAUACAGAUACAGAGAUACUAUAAUAAUAAUAAUAAUUAAUAAUAAUUUAUUAUUUAUACCCCGCCCAUCUGGCUGAGUUUCCCCAGGCACUCUGGGCGGCUCCCAAUCAAGUGUUAAAAACAGUACAGUGUUACAUAUUAAAAACUUCCCUAAACAGGGCUGCCUUCAGGUGUCUUCUAAAAGUCGGGUAGUUUUUCUUCUCUUUGACAUCUGAUGUGAGGGCGUUCCACAGGGCGGGCACCACUACCGAGAAGGCCCUCUGUCUGGUUCCCUGUAGCCUCACUUCUCGCAAUGAGGGAACCGCCAGAAGGCCCUCGGCGCUGGAUCUCAGUAUCCGGGCUGAACGAUGGAGGUGGAGACUCUAUACUAAAGUAUAGAGGGACAGUUCAGUAUCAUGUUUAGGUUACAGGGCAAAAAUGAUAGAGAACAGCCUAGCCUUUGGUGUUCCCCUUUCUAUACUUAAAACACUGAAUUUAUAGUACAGUACGCUCGCAACUUAGGCACUUUUAACAUGCACAUUCCGCUUUAUGCACUUGGCAAUAAAAAUAAAUAAAUAAAUAAAAAAUGGGAAGGCGUCCAGGGGGAGAAAACUUGCAAUCCCACCCACCAUUGCACCCAAUGUGUUUUGACUACACAAUUUUGGCUUUAGGUGCUAUCCCCAGAACAUAAUCCCUGCAUAAAUUGCAGGCUUUCUGUAAUUCAAAAUGUCACUUGUUUUCCAGUUAUUGAGCACUAUGAUAUUAGACAGAUCAAUCUCAUUCUUUUUUUGACUGAUCACAUAACCAGCCCCUGCUCAUCUUGAGUUUGCCUUCCUAGUCUGACCCUGUCCUCUUCAGUUUUGUUUUACCAAAAUGUUUGGUAAACAUUGGAAUAAAAGCCUCAAAUGGCAAACCUCCGUAGCCAUUCUCCAUGCUACUAUGUCUUCCUACUAUUUUUUUGUUUUACAGACACAAACAUGGUGACCCCUUUAAGAAAACAUCGCCCUUUAAGAUGAACAAGAUACAUAGCUAAGAAACAACAGAAAGCUAUCUCGGCAGCUACUAACUUACAAGUAAGAGUACCCCAAAUUAUGAAAAGCACACAACGUUCUUCUAAAAAUAAAACCACACACAGAGAGCUAGAACUUUAAUAGUAUUAAUUAUUUCAGUAAUAAAACUAGCUUAAUGUGAACUGAAUACAAAUUUCAGAAAGGAUUCUGAAAUCUGUAUAGAAGAGGAUAAUUUCAAACACCAUUUACAUUUUUAAACUAUUCCAUGAAGUGUGUCCUCAUUUUAAAUGUCCCUUGGUUACAUCUUUUGUAUGAAGUGAGUACUUGAAACUAAAAGGCUAAAAUAACUGAGCAGGCCAGAAAGAAACAAGUAGAGUAUAAAAUAUUAAAAGGAAGGGAAAUUCUUGGAUAAUUGAGAUGGGUUAAUUGAGGUUACUGAACGUAGCAUUCCUACAGUGUGAAGUUGACAGUUGCACCCUGUGGAUUACACUAAAGUAAACAGAUCCCUUUUGUUUACAACCACCUUAACCAAGUAUUUAAUUAAUAUUAAAAACAAAAUGCAACAUUUAAUGGAUCAUGGCUUGUUUCUAAAACAAAAACAAUGCAAAUGUACAUAAUAUACUAUGGAAUGAGUACAUAAUAGUUGUAUAAACUUUUUAAAAAGUGCCUAUUACUGGCUAAUAAUAGAAUAUAAUGUGAUGGGUAGUCAGAAUAUAAUCCCACUUAUUCUGAUGCAAACGGGAUGAAUUUGAAAGGAUAAGAGUCCUGUGUUCUACUACUACUCUUCCUGUACAAGCAGGACACUUGAGAGUGUAAUGUGAUUCCAACAUUGCAUUCUUCUUAAGAGUACCAAGUUCUUUUGUAGGCUUGCUUGGAGUAGAUUGGGAAUCCCCAAACAUGGGGUUUGUUUAUUUAUUUUGAAGCAUUUUUACCUUGCUUACCAACUAAAAUACUUGAGGUGGCUUAAUAUAUUUGAAAUACAAUAAAAUAGAGAAGAGUUAUUAGAGUGGGCCAAAGUUUUAAGUUCUCAGAUCUUCCAGUUGCCACUCUGCAGUUGAAUGUAUUGGUCUGGAAAGAAGUUCCUCAGAGGUUGGUACCUAUUGGUGGGCUACUUCAGAUGUCUCAGUUUCUGACUCUGGUAGCAAAUGCAGGGAGCUAUUGGAGAGAGUAAAGGUGUCUGUCUCUAUAUUUUUUUUAAUAGUGCCCACCUGUUGUCACAUGCAACCCUUGGGUGGGGUAGAGUAACAAGAGCAGCUGAAACAACCUCUUCAAAGUGUAGGGCCAUAAUUUCUUACUACCUGGGGUCAACAGCUAACAUCCUACAAAUGCCUGAGCAAAGAAGCUUGUUUUCAGUUUGGGAAAAAGAGAAGUUACUAACCAUGCCUCAAAGGAAAGGAUUAAGAGCCAUCCCUCAGUCCUCAAGUGUGUCCUGGCUUUCCAUGCCUGGUAGAUGUUGCUACAAAUGGAAAUUAGGAGUAUCUCUUUUUCAAGCAAACUGGUCAUGCCAGCUCAUUAAUUAACAUGACACCUACAUGACACCAGAUUGUCAUGUGGAACUCCUGCUAUGACUGCCAUGUGUGAUGACCAGGACAGGUCAGCAUGUAACCAUCGCAAAAUAUAGAUAUCCUGAUGGAGUGUUUAGUCCUCAAUAUUAUUAUGAUAAUCAGGAACUCUUCGACAACAUUUUCCAUUCGGAAGCAAAGUGACUCCCAAUUACGCAAGCUACUAAAUGCUUUUGCAAAAGCCCAACAUACUCAUUGCAAGUUGUGGUAAUGUUCAGAAUCUUCUGUUUUUACAUUGUUGUAUGUAUAAAAGACUUGUAGAAGGCAAUAGUUCUUCCUCUUGAUGCUAAGCAACCUGCGUAGCUAUUGUUAAAUCUUUGUUUCAUUUGAUGUUGCAUAUUUGCUUAAUUCUACAAUAUAACAUCAGAACCUCUGCCAAUUCUGAAAACUGCCAUAGCAGCCAAUGUCUCUUGCUUUUAAAACUUUUUUUGCAUUGAAGAAAAUAAAGCACUGCAAGCAUCUGUGGGGACGGAAUGACUAUAAGAACAAUACAGUACACAGAAAUUGAACUACCAUUUUCAUCUGCAUGUGCUGAACCGGAGAAGUGGGAAUGGGGAAAUUAGUCUUAAACUACAACUGUUUAGGAAUCAUACAUUCUUAAUUAUUUCCUGCUGUACAGAAAUGAGUAUGUAAUUAUUAUUAUUUUUUAAGUGUUUGUUGCGCUUGUGCAUAGAAAUGAUCCACCAAGGAAAGCAAAGAAUUAUGCUCACUUCCUCCAGCUACUCCAUAUACAUGAGAGCUGAUGUAGCAUAGUGCAGGAGCGGUAAACUAUUUCAGACCCAGGACCAAUCUUUAACCCAACUGUGUAUUUGGGGGCCCAUUUAUUCCCCCCCCCCAAGUAUUUGUAUGGUGGUAGUGUUGCUGUCAUGACUCACUUUGGAUCAAGCCUUGGCCCAGUAGUGGGUCCCAAUCCACCAGUUAAAGACCAGUAGCAUAGUGGAUAAGAUACUGUGCUACAAACCAGGAAGUCCUUGGUUUGAAUCUCUGUUCUGCCAUGAUAAAAUCAAUAGGUGGUCUUAGGCAAGCCACUCUAAGACAUAUGUGUAUCCAUAGAGUAUGGAGAAUAAUAAUAGUGAAUUGCUUUGCUGGAUUUUUUUUAUGUGAAGUAUUCUGAACACUUGAAAGCACUAGAAAAAUAUUAGUAUUCUUACACUGACUUCUGCUACUUGUUUAAUUUACAUUAUGGCCCAAGCUCUCUCUGGUUCACCGGGGCAAGCUUUGCCCCUUCUCUAAGCGUUCACACAGACAGCUUUUUAUUGGUAAUGCACUACAACUUAACUCAUUUCCCGCUGCUUUCUUUUCUUAAAUCCCCAAGUCUGUUUUCUCAUCCACAGUUCAAACUUGAGAGAUGGUAAGUGGGGCAAUGACUUGUUUUCUGCUUAUGUUAAAACAUUAUCUACAUUGGUGCUGUAUAAAUAAUAAAAUUCCUUUGUAUGUGCAGCACUGGUUCUGGCUGGUGUUGCCAAUAUGUUUGUGUCUGUAUUUCUUGUGCUUUGCGGCUGAGGCGAGAGUAAAAAUGAUCAGAAGCAAACUAUUGUUUUGUGACUGUAAUGAUACCUGUGGUUAUUGCAUCAGUAAUGUGGGCAGCUGGUAAUACUGUCUAAACAUGUUGGCUACAGAACUAAAACGUGUUGAUUCUGAUUUAGCUUGUUUUAAACACUGAAAGUGCAAAGAGCUUUACUGGAGAGUUUUCUUGGUUGACAAAUGGAAAGAAACAAUUUUCAAGCAUAAAAUGAGAAGCUUUAUCAAAACAUUUGUUACAUCUUCUGCACUGUUCUCACUUGUUUGAGGAAGGCAACAGAUUUUGAAAAGAGAUAACCCAGAUAAAUAUUGUUAAUAUUUAUUAAUGUAGUCCCAUCCAUGUGCAUGGUACUUCUCAAAUAAUGGGAAGACAUUUCACUGUCCCAAGGGGAUUGUGAUAUUGAAACACACACAGGAGACAGCAGAGGUGCAUAGAGAAGAAUGUGAUAUUUUCACAUAAUCAUGCUUAGAUUUAGUAUAGACACCAUACUCCAUAUCUGCUUAAGACCAGCUGUUAAAAGCAGGCUAGAAUAGGAAAGUCAUUGAGUGCUUCCAGAAGGCAUUUAGAGGUUAGACUUUAAUGGAUCUUUUACAGAAGGGAACUUCUACAUCAGUGGGGCAGCCACCACAAAUGUCUCGUCAUUUGCUUUUGCUAUUGAACUUUGCUUACAGGUAGAAACGGUUUAGAUGGUUGUGAUGGACCAGCGGAAAUAAGGCCUACCAUCUUAACUAGUUUGGAUAGAACUUGCAAGUUCAGAAAGCUGAUCUGACUUGCUUUCCUGCAACUUUUUGGAAAUUGACCCUGUAUAUGAGAGACCCUUAAAUUCUAUCCUUGUGGUUGUAGAUUUCACUCAAAGCACAGUUAAUGUGCGGUGGCUCAUGGUUUUUUUUGGUAAUGUUUCCACAAUCUGGUGGUCAUGUUUCCGGUAAAAGAGACUAAAUCAUGAAGGCUUUGCUAUUGCCGUCUCCAUGUACGAUAUAUGAUAUAGUACCUAAAGAGCCUCUAAAGUGCAAUUUGCAACCCCUUUUUCAUUUUACAUGUUUGUACCUGUAUGUUCAGUGCUCUCAGUUCUUGUUUGAUACACUGUUUGUCUGUUUCCCCCUUAGAAUAUGGUAUCAAGUUUUCGGGUCUCUGAACUACAAGUGCUGUUGGGCUUUGCUGGACGUAAUAAAAGUGGACGCAAACAUGACCUCCUAAUGAGGGCAUUGCACUUGCUGAAGAGUGGCUGCAGCCCAGCAGUUCAGAUAAAGAUCCGAGAACUCUACAGGCGACGAUAUCCCAGAACAAUAGAAGGUCUUUCUGACUUGUCCUCUUUAAAGCCUUCAGUCUUCAAUUUGGACAGCAGCUCAUCUCCCGUGGAACCUGAUUUAGCUGUUGCUGGUCUGCACCCAAUACCAUCUACAUCAGUCACUCCUCAAUCCCCAUCCUCACCUCUUAGUUCAGUGCUGCUCCAGGACACAAAGCCUCGCUUUGAGAUGCAGCAGCCUUCACCUCCAAUUCCACCUGUGCAUCCGGAUGUUCAGCUGAAGAGCCUUCCCUUUUAUGAUGUACUAGAUGUUCUAAUCAAACCUACAAGCUUAGGUAAGUGGGAUUUUUCAACUGAGCAGUGCAGAUCACUUAACUGUGCAGCUGGGGUGCACCUACCUCAGAAAGUACAUCAUGCUAACUCUCAAGACACUACAGCUGGCUUUAUUGGGGAUGACAAUAAAGUUAUUAGCUUGCCAAGCUGCUGAAAUGUAUGAAGUAUAGUUGCUUGGGGAACUGAUGGCACUCGGUGAACUUUUAAAUGCAUCUAAAUGCAAAAGUACGAUUUAUGCACUUAAUCUGGAAGACCUGAAAGCUACACAGUUCCAUUACUUAAAAGUCAUGUUUUUGUGAAAUUGGGAAAGUUAUGAGACACCCGUUUCUGUACUGCCUUCUGUGGACUCUGGAGUUUGUCAGUGAAUUAAAGCUAAACUUUUCUGUGUCCCUCUGCAGUACAGAGCAGUAUUCAGAGGUUCCAGGAGAAGUUCUUUAUCUUUGCUUUAACACCGCAGCAAGUCAGAGAAAUCUGCAUUUCCAGGUAAUAGCAGAACGUCUAGCCUGAACUUCCUCAUACCAGAUUUGGUUAAUUUUCUUUGGCAGAAUUCCAGACCACUUGAUCUACCUCUGGGAAUCCCAUAAAAAUAACUGAUGGCUUCUUGGAAUCCUGAAAACUACUUCCUAGCAAAAUACUAGUAUCUCAGUUAAUCUUGUAGAAUGAACACAUUUUUCCAAGGAGAUUGUUCAGAAAUGAGAACCCUGUUGGAAAUAUGAUAGACUUACGACAGCUGCUAACUUUUAAGUUCAGAUGCAUGUAAUUUUUAUGAAUAUGGUGAGGCUAAUUCGCGAUGUGAAUUACAGCAUUGAGGCUUCAGCCUGUCAUCCCCCACAAAUACAGUAAAUGGAUCUAGCAAAGAUGACACUUGGAAGUGCUGAUGAAUUCGGUGGCUGUUCCUCUGAUGUCUCAGAGAGUAUUUGACAGCCCUCUUGUAGGUUUAUCUCUGCAACUAUGAAAGCCAUAUGUUCGCAGAGUUUCACUUGUUGUCUCUGGGAAAUGGAUACACUUGAUCUUUUGCUGUCCAUAGUGUUUUGUGUGUAUGUGUAUCUGUGUGUAUCUCUCUCCUUAUAUCUGUAUCAAUAGUGGACUCUCACUGUGCUUGCAGAUACUUAUAUUCAUGAAAGCAAGGUAGAGUUACAAAUCAGGAUUAGGAAGGUAACCGUUGCAUGAGGAGUUGACUUGUUAAGCGAUAAAGCAACCUUAGACUUGUCUAAGUAACUUCUGCUUUUGUUGUGACAGGGAUUUUUUGCCAGGAGGCAGAAGGGAUUACACUGUGCAAGUUCAGCUGAGGUGACCAACUUAUUUACAUAAAUGUAUAAAUGCCUCUUUUAAUGGAGUACAUUUCAAUGCACUGCCAUUCAACAAUAUUAUUUUCUGCAAACAGGUUAUGCCUGGCAGAAACCAGCUGCCCCCAAGAAGAUAACUACCCUAGUAGCUUGUGCAUAAAAGUAAAUGGAAAGCUAUUUCCAUUGCCGGUAAGCUGUUGAAAAUUUUGAUGGUGCGUCUGUUUGAAACUUCUUGUAAUCCUGACUUGCCAGCCCAAUGGGUGCUAUACCAUCCUGAUCCACUGGCCGUAAGGAGGGCUCAUGGGAGUGGUUGGGUGCAGGGAUACCAAAGGAUGUUAAAAACAGAGUGAGCUGUUCAAGUGCUUUAUUAAAGAAGGCGUAGACUUACAGCAAAGCAGCGUGCUAGUUCUCGUAGCUUUUGCAGACGCAUGACAGACUUCGCAGCAAGGAGAUGUCUUGUCCGCACCCAAGCAAACAUUUAUACAUCUUUUAUGCAACAAAGAAGCAUACAUCAUUUAACCUGACUAGCUGAGGGCAUAGGUGGCAAGUAUCCAAACCUUACUGAUAGCUCCCCUUUCCUGGGCUUCGAGCCCAGCACCCCAAGCCCCACAGAUAAGGGUAACAUCAAAGCAAGCCAAUUAGCCUAGAUCAAAGCAAGCGAAUAUAAACAUAUACGAGCUCAUUGCUGUAACAACUACCAAUUAAUUGUGGGGUCAUCUUGACUACCAAUAUGGCAUUAGCAAAGCUUCCAGAACAGUUCACCUUUGGUUCAACACAAAUACCCUCUGCCACACAACUACCCAUAAAUGUCUCUAGAAUGAAAGUUGUGGAACUAAAUAACUAGUAUUUGGAUCUGUGAAAAAAUACAGUUACAAAACUUGGUUGAUGCUGCAUCAGUGUGCAUUAUUCACAGAGCAGAUUUGGAAAUCCUUUAUUCACAGCUUGGAAUUUCCCCUACUUUCCUUCUCUGACUUAAUAAUAAUAAUAAUUUUUAUUUAUACCCCGCCCUCCCCAGCCAAGGCUGGGCUCAGGGCGGCUAACAAGCAGUAAUAAAAAUAAGUUGAAUGAAUGCAACUUAAAAACAAAAUUAAAAUACAACAUUAAAAGAUUGAAACAUUAAAAUAUUAAAAUGUAGCCUCAUCGCAGGAGGAGAAAGGAAAAGAAAAAAGAAAGAGGGGGAGGGAAUCAGUGGCGUAGCGUGGGUUGUCAGCACCCGGGGCAAGGCAAGUAAUUUGCGCCCCCUAACCCGUGGAUUUGCGCCCCCUAACCCGUGGAUUUGCCCCCCCUAACCCUAACCCCCAGAUAUUGCGCGCGGUGCGGCCGGCCCCCCCUGCACCCCCCACGCUACGCCACUGGAGGGAAUCAAAUUGGCUCCAAGCCAAAGGCCAGGCGGAACAACUCUGUCUUACAGGCCCUGCGGAAAGAAAUCAGAUCCUGCAGGGCCCUGGUCUCAUGAGGCAGAGCGUUCCACCAGACUGGAGCCAGAGUUGAAAAGGCCCUGGCUCUGGUUGAAGCUAAUCUAACUUCCUUAGGGCCCGUGACCACUAGGGUGUUGCUAUUUAUGGACCUUGAGGCUCUCCGUGGGGCAUACUUAAAGUUACUGGUGUGGCGCUGUAGCCAAGUUUGCUUUCCCGAAGCAAAGCUUCGAGUAAACUAACAAACUAACUUUCUUAAGGAACUUAUUUCAUAAAGAAGUGAUGCAGUCCUUUCUUCCCUCCCUCAGACUUAAGUUACUAAGGCUGCAAUCCUAUAUGCGCAUUUGGGAAUAAGACCCACUGAACCCAUUGAGGCUUACUUCUGAAUAAACAUGUAUAGGAUUGUGCUGUAAGGCUCACAAAACAAAUGGAUGCUUGGCAAAUGUUUUAAUUUCCAUUGAAAUCAAUGGGACAUUAGUGUUUAAUUUUAGCUUGCAUAUACUGUAACUUACUAGAAAUUGCAAUGUUUUGAGCAGUCUCCAAAGAGAAAAUCUAUAUAAAUGAAAAAAUGAUUUUUUGUCUGUGUUUUUUAGGGAUAUGCUCCACCACCCAAAAAUGGAAUUGAGCAAAAGAGGCCGGGGCGCCCCUUGAAUAUUACAUCUCUAGUCAGGCUAUCCUCUGCAGUGCCAAAUCAGAUUUCUAUUUCCUGGGCAUCUGAAAUUGGAAAGGUAAAUUGAAAUCUUUCCCUCUUGCAAAAUGACUUCAUGUAAAGAAAACAAAUGUAGAAUUGUUUUGAAGGAAAAGUAUAAAUCCUUGCCUUGGAUUUCUAGUGACCUACGUGCAUUGAAACAGGAGGGUUGGCAGCUAGAAGACAGGUCCAAACGUGGGUGAGGCUGCACCAUUGGGCCCACCACAUGGUGGUGAAGAAGAAAGCUAGCUUCUCCACCAUCGCUGCAUCUGCAAGUAGCCGCCCAGCAGAGCUUUGCCUAGUAGUGAAUUGGCUUGUGUCAUCUGGCCUAGAGUGCAUUGCUCUGACACCCUCAGAUGUCUGUUGGGCAGAGAUGACUUGGCCGCUGUAUUCCCUGCUCCGGUAACUUCCAGACUGAGUUAUUAUAAAGUGCUCUAAGUAUCGCUGCCCUUGAAGAUGACUUGGAAACUUCUGUUGCCCAGAAUGCAGCGGCAAGAUAAGGCUGGGGUUACCUUCUGAUCUUCCAUAAACUGAUUUGAAACCACUGCGCUGGUUGUUUCCGGGCCCAACUCAAGGUGCUCACGUUAGUGUUUAAAGCCCCAAGUGACUUAGGGCCACAAUGCCUGUAAGACUGCCUCCUUGCCUACAGACCCUCUUGGGUGCUAAGCAGGGCGGAGGGUGCCCUCUUGGUUGCUCCUUCACCCACAGAAGCUUUGUGGCACCUCUGUGGCAGCUCCUAAAUUGAGAAAUUCCCUUCCCAUAGUGGUGCAUCUGGCACUUUCAUUAUACGUCUUUCAGUGAAUGCUGAAGAUGCGCCUCUUUAUCCUGGCUUUUGGCAUUUGAGAGGUAUAUUAUUAGGACCCACCUUAUUUUUGUAAUUUUAGAUUGUUUUAAACGGUUUUUAAUAUUGUGUAAUAAUGUUUUAAUAUUAAUAUUGUGUUUGAAUUGUUAAUUGUUGUAACUUGCCCUGGGACCUUCAGGUGAAGGGCGGAUAAUAAAUUGUAAUAGCAAUAAAUAACUCGUUCAUGCAACACUAUUUCUCUUUUUUAACUUACUGUGAUCUGAUUCUGUGUGUCUGUCUGCUGUAAAUGGAGGCUUGCUGUUGUUGUUGUUGAUGAUGAUGAUGAUGAUUUGUAUACCACCUUUUAACUGAAGAUCAUUUGUCUGUGAAAAAGACCUUUUCAUUCUUUCACAUUUCCUCUCCUGUAGAAUUACUCAAUGUCUGUGUAUCUUGUACGCCAACUCACUUCAGCCAUGCUGCUACAGAGGCUAAAAAUGAAAGGUAUUCGAAACCCUGAUCAUUCCCGGGCACUAAGUGAGUAGAUCAUUCUUGUGUUUUUCUUCCUUCGGUUACAUGUUUGUAAUGGGCUGUAGGUUUCCAAUAAAAGCAAUUGGGUGGCUUCUCAUCAGGGUGGUUCUUGGCAUCCCAUGUGGCUAAGUGUGAGGAGUAGCAGGGUAUUAUUGCCAGAGUGCAGAAGAAAAUGCUUUUUUUUGGAAGGGCCGCUUUGACAUCUAAUAGGAAUCAAAAGUGUUAUUUUGACUUCCUGAAGCAUUUUACAAUAUUGGACCAUGUAUAUGUAUACUGACAGGGGCAGUAGCUAGAGUGUCAGAGUAGGGUGCAGGAGGCCCCAUCUUCAGAUACUUGUGUAGCCAUAAAGCUUACUGAGUGACUAUCUCUCAGCCUUGCCUGCCUUGCUUGCAGGGCUAUCACGAGGAUAAAAUAAGGCGGGAGAGCCCUGUAUGUCAAUUUGUGAUUAUUGGCAUAUAACUAAUAACUGAAAUGCAAAAGAAAGUUGCAAAGUAGCUUCAGCUGCCCUUAAAACAGUGGUAUACCGAAGUCCCAUUUUUUAAAAUACUUUGCUUGUUUAGAUUACUUUUACUGAGUUACCUUUGUCACCAACCUGUUGAAAUUUCAUUAAGGGCAAAGUACUAUUUCGUAUUCUACUUUUACAAAUUGCCUUACUGAAAUCUUGGGAAUAUGCUGGGUCUAGAAUAAACCUUGCAACAAUUUCUUAGCCUGGUGUUGAAGUGCAGAUUUUUGUUUCUGCAUGCAGAGGAUUCUGGAGCUGUUCCAAAUAUCCAGCUGGGCUGUUAGAGUGUCUUGCAUCAUGUCUCCCAUGCUGCUUAAGUCUGGUGGCUGCCAUUCAGGACUCUGGGGCACCUCUUCACCUUGCAGCUUCCUCCCUUUCCCUGCAAGAAGAAAAAAGCACCACUUAGAUUUGCAUAGGCAGCUGAUUGGUGUGAGAGCAAUGUCCCAGCAACAGGCUCUAAAUGCAUUCAUCUUACAGAUUUUAUAUAGCAAUUGUAUUAUAGAUGGGAAACUUCACAUUAGGAGUUCUAAUGUGCAGCUUUGAAAUUUUGUCAGUACCAUUAUCAUUUUAUGUUGAAUUUACAAAUUCUUGAAAUAGCUAGGCCAUAUAUUAUUCUCUCAAGCUUUUGAGUAAUUAAGAAUUGCACAUUAAAAGUUAUAGUCCAGCAAGAUAUUAAAGCAUUUAUUUUAAAUCUUUCCCCCAUUCUUUUUAAAAAUAAUAGUUAAAGAAAAACUCACCGCUGACCCAGAUAGUGAAAUUGCGACUACCAGUCUGCGAGUAUCAUUAAUGUGUCCCGUAAGUAGAGUUGGAUAAUAGCUUGGAAUGAUGUCUUAUAGGGAAAUUAUUUGCUUUGAUUAAAACACUUUUUGUUUCAGCAAGGCUAUCCAGAAUCCUAACUUGGUCACAUUUUUAAAUAUUUGCUGAUUGUAUCUGAGUAUUAUUGUCUUAAGUAAACUGUUUAGAGAUUAUACAUUUUUUCUGAACAAAAUAAAGAUUAAGAGGUAGACUCUGCAAAUAAGUAUGUCACUAGUAAUACAGUAUAUGCAAGUUGCUAUGGUUUGCAUAUUUAUGUGGAAUUUGGGUUCUAGUAUGGAUUUCAAAGCCCCCUAAACUAUAAAGAGAAAGCUGAUAAGAUGUUACUGCAUCUUCUAAAGAUGUCUGGUAGAACUGGUUUUAUUUUAAUUUUAAAGGUUUUACUGUGUUGGGUUUUUUUAGCAGUAGUUGUUGUUGUUUGAACUUGCUAUACACAGCUUAGAGAUACUUUAAUAUAUUAAGUGGUAUAUAAAUUGCCUGAACAUUAAAUACACACAUACUGUUAGUGGGAGCCCUCCUAAGCCCAAAGAAAAGCCACUUGAUCCAUUCACAUACAGAGCUGGAAAGAUUCUGAAUCAAGGUGCCCAAAUGUCUACACUUCCAACACCAUUUCCACUAACAUCUCUGAUGGGAUCUGUGAAGUGUGCAAGUCUCAUGUCCACGACAUGCAGUGAUGCCAGUGGCAUUUGUAUGUGGCACUUUACGCAACACGAAAACUUACUUCCUUGCGUAUGGCGUGUCAUUUUAUGAGGUGAAGCUUAAUUUUUUUCUUCAGUGAGGGUUAUUAAAAAUAGGUUUUUGGGUGUGAGGAAUUAAAAUCUGCUAUUUUUGUGAUUGGACAAUAUUUAGUUUGGUGAUUCUACGUUUUAUGAAGAAUUACAUAAACUGCUUUUGGAAAAACCAAAAAAUUUUAAUUGUACCUUCUGAAAAUGUCAGGUAAUGCUUAAUAAUAAUAAUAAUAAUAAUAAUAUAGACUAUAACUGCAAGUACUUGGUAAUCAUUUUUAAUGAUUUCUAUGCAGUUUGACACACAUUUUACUUACUACCACAUUUUCCCUACCAAGCAAAUUAAUUUAACAAAAUAUCUUUUGAAUUUCCAAGUUAUGUUACAACUUUAUAUCACCCCUCAUUUUUGGAAUUUGAAAGUUGAAAGAUUCAGCAUGCCCUACAAUGAGUUUGACUGAUCAGUUACGGGAGGCAAUCUGAUGGCUGAGAGGCUAUAACUUGGGGGGGGGGCGGUGGAUCAAUGAGGAGUUUGCCCCUUACCUAGGGAGUCCCACCCACACUGUAGAUUGCUUUCAUGCGAGGAUCUAGGCUCCAGACUUCCGCAAACAAUCAAGGAUUGUCUGGUUUUGUCUUUUUCAUAAAGGCACCCAAUUCCAUUCGCUAACAAUGGCUCUCUCUCACCUCCCCACCCUUUCCUUCCAUCACUGCCUCCCUACCUUUGACGCCUUUCACUUUCUACGUGACCUGGUCUCCAGCUGGGGAAAAUGCGGCUGACAAUUCCCUGCCGUGCCGUUACUUGUACCCACCUGCAGUGCUUUGAUGCUGCUCUCUAUCUACAAAUGAAUGAAAAGAAACCCACCUGGAUAUGUCCUGUGUGCGACAAGAAAGCUGCAUAUGAGAGUCUCAUCUUAGAUGGGUAAGACGAGGAGGCGGUAUCUCGCUUUUUCAGGCAGCAGUAGCUGUGCUCUUAGAACUAUAAAAGCAGUUUGCUGCAUUCAGUGAAUUAACAGCAGGAGCUGCCUAGCAAGUAAGCUAGCAUUGUGUCUUUCCAGGGGCAUGUGUUUGGUUGUGGUAAAGCCAUAAAGAAUUGGAACUAGCCUGCAUUUGAAGCUUGGAACUUAUAGCCCAUGACACACUCCACUCUUUAAUCACAACUUGAACGGUCACCAGCAUUACCUCUUGGCCUAUAUAGAUCUAAUGUGAUAAAAGGGUUAUAACCUUUUAAAUUGACAACCAGCUUCUAGGGCUAUAGACCUGGCUUGAGACUUAGUUUGCUCCCACCAGAGGUCUGUGAACGGCUUUAUUAUAUGAUUGAGGUGACAAGCAGUUAAUUUAUGAAUGUGAGUCGCAGGGAAUCCUGAUCCUGUCAGAUGGUUCCAAAGGGUGAUUAACUAGCUGUUGUCUCAUGAUCGGAAUCUUUAUCGAACCAUGUGGAACACAAGGAUUGAUGUGGGACUUUAAGUAAAGUAUUAAUCUGAUUUAUAAAUUUACCUUCAAGCCGUUUUGAACAAUAUCAAAUUCAAAUUCUUUGAUCUAAUAUCUCAAACCUAUUCUCCACAAAAAUUCACCCUGCACGGCUAGAGGCCUCAUACCUUGCCAGGCUCAAAACAAUUUGUGGUUCAUUACCAAUCACUCAGUCCCAGAAUGAAUACUGGUAGAACUCAACAGCAGCUAGUUAACUGUAGCUCACAUGGGUAAGAGCCAUUGGGUUGGAGUGGAGCUGGGACCUCCUUUUGGAAGGGAAGCUUCACUUUCUAAGGCAGCCGUCACUCAAAGGCACCAUCAGAACAGUCAGCGGACACAAACUUGUAACGUUUAAUGCUAUUUUCCAGACUCUUUAUGGAAAUUCUAAACGAAUGUUCAGAUGUAGAUGAGAUCAAAUUCCAGGAGGAUGGUUCCUGGUGCCCUAUGAGGCCGAAGAAGGAGGCUCUGAAAGUUGUCAGCCCGCAGUGCACCAAGGUAGAAAGUAAGUAACUUGGAAUUCAGGCCAUGAAACCCCUGUCCCAGUUGACGUGGGAACCUAUCCAGGCUGACUGUUUACUCCUAUUUGCAGAAGAGGCAGCAGAUACUUUUGCCUCCUUGCAGAAACUGCCUCCCAGUUCCUUCACUAUCUGGCUCAGAAGCUGGGCGUGAUUUUUUAACGUGUCUCUCCAGAAGACAAAUACCUACCUGGCCUAUUCUUUCAGAUCUCCGUUCAUCUGUUUAUCCUGUUACUUAUCUGUUAAGUCUUGCUCAGUGCUAUUUUUCUAGAAAAAGAGGUGCCGGAACUCAGCAUGAACAUCUCCCUAGUCCUAUUAUAGUGGCAUUGGCACACACCUGAGAGGUGCCGGAACUGAGUUCCGGCUGGAAAAAAGCCCUGGUCUUAUUCUUGAUUUCUUUUUCUGAGCUUCGUUCUCCCUACAUAGGGAAACGAAAACCCCUAAACUUUUGUUUUCUCUCUUCCCUGCUUCUCAUGGCACCAACAGGGAAGUGCUGUGGAACAAAGUCUUCCAAAACAACCCUGCUUCCGAAGAGUUAAACUUCUGAAGCAUCUGUCCUCCAUGCCCUGCCAAGUCAGAAAGGGAACUCUAGAGGCCCAGCAAAGCACAGCUUAGCUGCAACUCCACGCGGCUCAACAAACAAGGGAAACUGCUGGUGGAAGUCCCUGUCAGUGUGUCCAGACCUUCAAAUUCUCAGGUGCAGAACGGAGCAGGGCAUAUCUAUCAGCAGUAUCCCAGUUCUGGUCUGCCCUAGUGGACGACUCUGCCCGUUUGCAAUCCAAUGCCAAGCAAAAAUGACAUUCCUUUCACAGGCCACCAGGUGGCUGCAGAGAGUCAUUGGUACCGUCCUAACAGUUCCUGUACAGCCGUGGGAAUAUAUUUGUCAGAUAGCAACUCCCCAUCAUUCCAAAUGUCUGCCUCUCUGCAGGGUCCUGGAUGCUACCCUUGCGUAUCUGGCCAGAAUGAUGCAAUUCUGCACCUUUUUCUGCCUCUAUCCUCAAUGCUCAGUUCAUGAGAGAAUUAAAGAGCCAUAAUUGUUUAUAAUUGAGCAGCUGUAUAAAAGAAGAGUAAGAAAGCACACCCAAAAAAGGGGAGGCACACGCUGUUCCCCUCUUCCUCCAUGGAGUCUCCCUAGCCCAGUGGAAAAAAGUCAACCAGGGCCCCAGCAUGAACCAUGCCAAAGCUCUCUCAUCCUUCUUUUCUAACUCCUCAGCUGAGUUGAGGGUAAUCUCCUGAUUCACACUCAUUGGCAUGAGACAGAAUUCUAUAUUUAAAAAUCUUAAGGAUUCCACAAUAGUCAGUUUACUCCACCUCUGGAUGUAGUUUCUUCUUAGAUUCAACAGCUCUUGUUAGGAGCAGGUCUGGAGAAAGACAGAAUCAGUAAGCAAAAGAAACCAUAGGCUGCAAAGGACAAGAGUGAAGGGUUGAAACUUUCCUGGAUCUUUGAACUUGGUAUCUGGGAUUCUUCAUGCCCCCACCCCCUUGGCCUCACUGGAGAAGAAAUGGUGAGUCAAGCCUGCAGCCGAAUAAUGUAGUCAUUCCUUUAAUGGAGAAAAGCAGAGUAGCAACUCAGUUCAAACAGUUUGGCCACAAGGGGUGUGUGUGUGUGUGUGUGUGUGUGUGUGUGUGUGUGUGUGUGUGUGCUUGUUUGCAGGAGGGUAAACAUCACCUCUGUUGCACUUUAGACAAUUGCUUUGCAAUUUACUCCUUUCAGCCUUAUCACCAAAAGUGCACAUCACCUCGUACUCAAAGACAAGGAGAUCCUAUAGCCUUCAUCUUGAGCAGUUGCACUUUUUCUUUCCAGGUUCCAGCAUGGUCAGCAAGCCCUGCUCCACGCCAAUCAGUGAGGUCAGCAAAAAGAAAGUUGACGUCAUUGACCUCACAGCUGAGAGCUCGUCUGAUGAAGAGGAAGAUGCGCCUCCCAAAAGGAAAUGCAUAUAUAUGUCUGACACACAAGCAAGUCCCACCAAAGGGUUGGUUAAUUUUUCACGUGAAUAAUACUAUCUGUCCUGGUUUGUUUGUCUAUCAGUUCCCCAUCCUGGCAGCUUGGGUCUGGUUUUCUCUUUUCUGCUUGUACAUCAUUAAGUAGAUGUGCUGAGUCCAUCUCUCGCCACUCUACCCCUGCUUUCUUGGAAGCCUCUUCUCUGAUUAUUUCCUGUUUGAUUAAAGAUGCCCAAACGCAGCUAGCUGUGUUAAGGCAAGCAAAAUUCAUUUUUGAAGAGUCCGUCUGCAGGCAAAUCAAAUCUCACCCUGGAUUUAGGAGUUAAGAAAUGCUAUUGCUUUAGUCUGUUUCAGAGGAAAUCCUUCUCUCUACAAAGUCCUCUUCUAGCUCCAGAGUCCAAAAUGGUGUGUAAGGUAGUUCAUAUAGAAAUUAUUGAUCUUUUCUUCCUCUUCAAGCAGUGUGGAUUACACUGGUUUUUGGCCACUGUAGAUUGUACACCUUCGCAAAACAAGAACACCCUCAGGUUUCGCCAACUGCUGAUCUGUGCACUGAGUGAUCUCCCUAUGGUCCAGUAGGAGGCAGGUUUUUAGAAGCAAGAUCUGGUCAGGGCCCCUCCCAAUUCCCAUUGGGAACCUGUCUCCUAGUUUGCCAAUCUGUUUUGCUCUGAGGGAACCAGAGCGUCAGGAUACAUAGGCUUCUGAUUGGAUGAAUCAGGAGUGCUUGUUGGCACACAGAGUUGGCGCUGGCUGCCUUUUUGGCCAAUCUGGUCUUUUCUCACAUUGCAGGAGGAUCUCUUUCGAUUGCUCUUCCCCACAUACUCCAGAACAGAGGUGGUUACAGUGGUACCUCGCAAGACGAAUGUCUCGCAAGACAAAAAACUCGCUAGACGAAAGGGUUUUUUGUUUUUUGAGCUGCUUCGCAAGACGAUUUUCCCUAUGGGCUUGCUUCGCAAGACGGAAACGUCUUGCAAGUUUGUUCCUUUUUCUUAACACCGUUAAUACAGUUGCGACUUGACUUCGAGGAGCAACUCAUAGCACGCGGUGUGGUAGCCUUUUUUGAGGUUUUUAAAGACUUUGGUGAUUUUUGAAGCUUUUCCAAAACUUUCCCGACACCGUGCUUCGCAAGACGAAAAAAAUCGCAAGACGACAAAACUUGCGGAACGAAUUAAUUUCGUCUUGCGAGGCACCACUGUAAUCAUUUUUAGGCUGAGGACAGCAUUGACCUAUGGGGCUGCAUAUCAGAGUGGGCGUGGAUUUUGCUGUCUACGCAGUUCAGCCUUGGGAGUUUUGCUCUGAAGUAACGUCUUUUAUGUGCUUGUGUGGCUGGAUUCUGCUUUUAAAAUCCACUUUGACUGCAGCUCUAAAGGAUGCAUUUUGUGAAUUGUCCUGAUGGCCUGCCUUGGGCCAUGUUGGCAGGAUGAGCAUCCAGAGAGACAAAAAGGAAAAUGCUUACAAUAAAGACCCACACUGGUUGUGUGUAUUCUGAUGACUGAGUCUAAGAGGGCUCAGCUGUGCACAGCUUACCUUCCUGCUGACUGCUGCGUUGUUUCUGACAUUCCACCUUCUGUUUCACCCACAGGGUGCUCAUGUAUCAGCCGUCUACUGUACGAGUGCCUGGAGUGAGCACAGUGGACCCUUCUGCUAUUCCACCCUCAUUAACGGACUACUCCGUACCAUUCCACCACCCACCAAUAUCAAGUAUUUCAUCAGAUUUACCUGGUAAGGCUUCUUUUUCUGAACUCAACUCUGUUAUCAGUUGGGGCAGACGCGACUUAAGAAUCAAAUCGGCAUAGGAUGAGAGGAUAAAGGGUAAAGAGAGAGGACCAUGUCAUCUCGUUUUUAUGUCCUCUUGAGCAGGGAGAGGUGAAAUAAAAUUAAUCCUGGGUCUUGCCAGUUCUCGUCAUCCUUGGCCCUUGCACCACAAUGUAACAUUGAGAUUUCUCCAUGAUGCAUCUUCUUUCAAUGCAAUGUUUUUUUCUUCUAGGUUUGGAUUUUCUUUCUUUAAUCCCAGUUGACCCACAGGUAAAUAUAUUCAUUACAAAUUAUUUACUUUUGCUUUUUUUCUUGCUUAAACUGGAAUAAUGUAGACACGAGUACCCUUCUGCUAUUUGAUUGUUAGAUUUGGGGCAUUUUUAAAAAUUACCAUGACUGCUCUCCCAUGGUGGCAUUCGCAUCUAAGAUUUGAGACUGAACGUUUUAACAUCCUCUGCGAGGUGUGGGUUAAAAACUUGAAGCAGUAGGAAUAAUUUCUUGAAGGAAUGCUUUUAUCAUUUAAUUUCAUUGGCUUCUCCUUUCUUUCCCCUCCCACCCCUUUUAAGCAGGCCCAUAAGGCAGCACGCAGAUGGUUUGUGGUUAGGUUACUUAUAAGGAUGGCCAAUAAUGUACCGAGUUGACAGGUUCCUUGUAAUCUUAGCAUGCCUGUCUAAUGGAGAGAUUUCAGAGUUGCCCUUUUUGAGCCUUGCGAAACCGUAUUAAUUGACCUUGUCUUAACUUUGCUUACUCUAGCCUGGAUGCUUGCACUUUUUCCCCCCCUGUGUGUUUUGUCUCUCUUCCUUAUCUGCACCAUUGUUUGUUUCAAGCAGUACUGUCCUCCUAUGUUUUUGGAUAGUCUCACCUCGACGUUGCCAACAAGCACCACCCCCGGCAACAUCAUCACCUCCACCAGCCACCACGAGAGCAGCACUCGCGUUAGCUCCUCAGGCCGGAGCGAGACGGCAGUUAUCACCAGCAGCAGCGGGAGCAACAUUCCUGACAUCAUCUCUCUGGACUAAAAGCUGGCAAAAUCUGCCCAUCUGCAACUGCACAGGGCUUGUCCAUUCACAUGCCUAAAUCCCUGGACCAUCCGCAACUUGGACCUUAUUUGGGGUAUUUAUUUGAAAGGAGCCGGGGGGAGGGAAACGCUUUGGAUUUUUUUUUACCCUCUCUGUGGAUUGACAGUACCACAAAAAGAGGGCGGGAAACUGACUGGAUUAUAUUUUUGUUGUCUUGGGGUUUUUCCCCCCUGCUCAGCUUGGGAAGAAUGUGGUCAGUUUGAGGACGCCAGCCCAUCAAGCUUGCUAUGAAGAAACUGACGUGGGUUUACUAUGUGGAUUCCAGGGCAGAUUCCAUAUUUUGAUUUUAUUUUCUCGUUACAUUUAGCAAUAAUGUGAACAGUUUUGUUAAAAAUCAAAAAGCACUUAAUUUCUCUGGAAUAACAGAUGAAAGGACAAGAGGAAGUUGGCAAUUUCUUCAGUGGAGGACAAACUUUUGUGAAAAUAAUAGGUGUAUAAACUAUGUUUGCCUCUUUGCUUCUCCAGUUGCUUCACCAUCUCCUUCCUAAAUCUGGAUAUAUAUUUUUUCCUAUUUGGAAGCUCAUGCUGCUUGGAGAAUGUUCAGUUAACAACUGCGAAAAAGGCACAGAAAUGUGGGGGGAAAGAAUGCUAUGCAAGGUCAGCUUCACAAAUCGAAUCCAUGUUCACAAAACAAAGAAUUCAAAACCCAGCAAUUAGCUUUCAGGACAGGAUUAUCAGUUCUCCGUGGAUGAAGGAAAAGAAUUUCUGCUUCUUCAAGUCCUACAAAAUGGCCAGUGCUUCAGAUUUGCGUGUGGUGCUAAGCCUCUGCUGAGUCAGCUUGUGUUAUGCCAUAUUUUGUAGCCACAGAAAGAAUCUAUGCCCAUCAUGAGGUAGAAACUCUUUUUACAACUGUCCAAUCCACAUUACUUAAGUCAAGUUGCUGCUAGGAAGAUUGAUCCUCAUUCCCUUUAGAAUAGUUAUGAGAACGAUUUACUUGACUGCAUAGAUGACAUAGCAUUUCAGAUCUCUACUUUGGAAAAAAUAAAUAAACCAAUUUUGCCAUUUGAAGAGGCUAAUGAAUGCUUUGGGUACUGGGGGUAGGUUUAUACUUUGAUGCAGCUAGUCCUGGUUCAGAUGAGGACAUCCUGAAAUUGCAGGAGGCUACAUGUAAAACAUGAUUUCAUUGAUGUAAGAUUCCCUGAUUGAUUUCUUUUAUGUGUUAAGAAGGAAAUCAUCCUAGUAAUUCCUGCUUUACUGUGCUUGCCAAUCCAUGUCUCUCCAUACAGUCAAUCCUCUGUUCCUGAACACCUCCGUUUUGGCUCCUGAAUGCCGAAAACUUGGAACUGUUCCGGUUUUCGAACAAUUUUCAGAAGCCGAACAUGCUACACGGCUUCCAUUUUGAGUUUCCUUAUUGUAUUGAGGCUUCUGCUUUCGGUUGUCAAAUGUUACGGAAGUCGGAACGGAUUGCGUUCAACAACCAAGGUUUGACUGCAUGAAAAGUUCCUGUGCCAUUAGUAGUAAUAGAGAAUUUUAACCAGUGUGUUCCGAAGAGCCACGUACCUCCAGGCCCCUUCUUUAAUUUGCGAAAAGGUAACCCCCAUAGCAUUGAAAGGCUGCUGCUGUUCUUCACUGCAUUCUCUCACCUUCUCAUAUGCUUAAAUUGUUAACACUUUCAGCUGUAUGGCCAAAUACUACAGUGCUACUUCUGAUUCUUUACCACACUUGAUAUUCUAUUGCCAUUUUAUAGACACAUUUGCUUGCAGGAAUGAGGAGAUACCCAGUAAUGGUUACACUUCAGAUGUUUUGAAAACUUAUCAACACUGGGUAGAAUUUAGUUUUACAGUGGUACCUUGGUUUACAAACUUAAUCCGUUCCAGAGGUCUGUUCUUAAACCGAAACCGUUCUUAAACAGAAGCGCACUUUCCCUAAUGAGGCCUCCAGCCACUGGUGCCCUUCCACCGUUCGGCUUCCGUUCUUAUACCGAGGUAAAGUUUGCAAACCAGGACACUACUUCCGGUUUUGCAGAGUUCGUAAACUGAAUAGUUCGUAAACCGAGGUACCACUGUACUCAAGAGUAGACCCACUAAAUUAAUGGACCUUAACUGUUGAGUUUUGCUCAGGGUAGAUUCACUGAAGUGAACAAACUUCAAGCUGAAUACAGUCUAUUGCUUUCAGUGAGUACUGGUAUCAUUCAUUGUUUUCUUUUUCCAUUCUAUCUCCAAGCAUCCCAUUCUGCUAAGUCAAUUCUUAGCUCACAUGAUGGGUUUUGCAUUGUGCCAGUCUUCAUGUGUCUGCUAAUUUGUAGUUAUUAAAAGUAACCUGGUAUCCGGGGGUGGGGGGGGUUGACUUUAAAGCCAUACCAAUUGCUAGUUUGAGACCUCCAGUCCUUGAGCAGCUUGCAGCAUUGUAACACUGCAGGUCCCAGGAGGUGAGGCAAAUUCGCUAAGUCAGGUACUGUCUUUUAUUGGAAGUCUCUCUUACAUUUUUCAGGGUUGUAAUACAGCUCUUUGCAACAAAAAUUCCUGCAAGUAGAUGGUUUAGAACUUUACUCAAGUCUCAAACGUGUCUCCAGGGCAGUAGUUCUCAUCUGUUAAAGCUACUGUUUGUACGUAAUAGGGCAAUUGCAAAUAAGAUUAAAGGCCUUCAAGUGAUUUUGG